AUGAACGCCAAUCCAAUGGCGCAGCGGAACUACCGUGGGGGCGUGUACGAGGGCGCCGACUGUACGACGGCGGUCAAUCAUGCGGUGACGCUAGUUGGNGGCGGCUCCAGCUACCUCGCCUUCAGCUACCUAAAACGGAACGGGGUGACCAGCGAGGAGGCGAUGCCCUACACCGCCAGCGACGGCUUCUGCAUGUCGAUGUUUCGAAGCCUUCCCGACGAGGUGCCGCCCAUCUCCGACUACUGCAUUCGCAGUCGCAUCCGCUACACCUUCCUCUCCAGGACGGAGGAGGUCAGCGAGGAGGACAUGCGGAGGACGCUGGUGGCGGUGGGGCCGCUCUACGUGGCCAUGAACGCCAAUCCAAUGGCGCAGCGGAACUACCGUGGGGGCGUGUACGAGGGCGCCGACUGUACGACGGCGGUCAAUCAUGCGGUGACGCUAGUUGGUUACACACCGGACGCCUGGAUCAUCAAGAACAGCUGGGGUCGUG